GUUGAACGGCAAUUCUACAAUAUCAUGGAUACAGCUUUCUAUCGUCAGCUGUGGAUUCUUGCUGAACAUGACAUUUUUAUGGAUAACAGCGAGGACAAAACAGAGAAGAGCUUUGAUAGAUUUUACUAUCAUCGUAGCUUGUGCUGCUAAAUCUGUCAUUGGUUUAGAAAUCUUUGUCAGAUUACUUAUUCCUGUGACAGUCCGAUUACCAGAAGUAUUCAAGUUUUUAGAUACUAUUGACCUACUACUUGAUGGAGUGUACAUUGUGAGCAUUUUAAUACUGAAUGUAUUACGAUACCGGGUUAUACGAAACCUGCAUACACCACCAAACCAAGAACCAGGAUCCAGCCAGUCGAAAACAUUUGUUAGAACUAGUAUGGUUUUUGUAGUAAUGUGCAGUAUAACAUAUUCUAUCUCAGUCUGGUUCGAAGAUGGUCAAGGAAAUUCGAUCCCCAUUGUUGCAGCCUUUGCAGCAAAGACAGCUACAAAAACAAUCCCAUGGAUAAUGAAUGUCAUUAUUAAUGGUGUUAUGUUAGGUAAAAUCUCGAUUGUUCUCUAUAAACGACGAUUUUCCGUUCAUGCUGCUAUGCAACAGUUCAAUCGUAGUGGUUCGGUUGGGGGAUUCGCUUUACUAAAGCAAUUUUUGUACUCCUUGAUUCUUCAGACGGUGUUUUACGUUUGUCCAAGCAUGUUUGUUUAUCCAUUAGAACUUGUUCCAGCAACGAUGAAGACUUCAAAAUCAAAUGAGAUGUACUGGUCAAUGAAAGUAAUACUGGUUUUUCUAAAUCCUGUCAUGUUUAGUAUUAUUUUACAGUCGAAAUACAAUGCUAUUUCUGCAAUUCGAACUAGUAUAAUGAGCAUUAAGUCAUUCAACAUACAAGGAGGACAUCGAAUAAGACCUUUAAUUCAAUUUCCACAACAGGAAGAGUCUUUACAGAUAAUGAACGAGACGACAGUCAGUAAGUUAAUGAACAACAGCCCUCAGAAUUCAAAAAAGCUGCAGAUUUUUACUCUGAUGCAUCCAAUAAUAACACCACCUAUCACCCCUAAAAGCGGAUGUUCAUUAGUGAGUACAGACUUUAAAUUUCCUGACAUCUACACCGAUGCUAUAUCAAUUAACAGUACCAAGUGGGUUACAGAAAAUGGGUUGAACUCACCGUAUCAUUCCAAAAGUUUGAUAGCCAAAGGAGAAGCAUCUUCACCAUACAGUCCAAACUGGUUUGUUGAGAGACUAAGCACUAACACAAAUUUAAGUCUUCAUAGUUUUGAAUCGAGCGUUUUUUCAUCUGCUAGUGAUCUAAGACCGUCACUUCAAACACAGUAUAGUAAUGGUUCUCACAGAGAAAGAAUCGGAUCUCUUCCCGUAAAUGUUCAACAAGUACCGGUUUUUUCAUACUUGCAACCUCCGACACAAUCACGAGAUCGAUCAAUAUCUUUACCAAGAACAGUUGAUAUUUUCAAAAGAUGUUAGCUGCAGCUGUUAUCAUUCUUUUGUCUUGACACUUCAAUUGGUAUUUAUGACUGAGGUCUAAACUCUUGUUACUGGAAAUAUAAAACAUCGUUGUUCCUAAAGAAGCUCACAGAAAUAUACUUUGGUGAAGAAAAGAACCGUUGAAAU